GCAGGACAUCAGGCAUCCAGACAGACAACCUCCAAACUGAAGCAGCUGAUCUGCUCUGAAACCUCCUUCACCAGGAUGUUGUGUCCCAGCGUCUUCCAGCAGUCCCCCGUCACCAUGAGACCUUUCCUGGACCUGCACUGGCCCGUCCGCAGCCUGUGGCCCGAGACCCGGCCGCUCUUCUACCAGAUUGAACAGGAGAUGAUCCGCCACAUGCAGGAGAUGAGGCAGAACAUGGAGUACAUGGAGAGGCUGCACCAGAAGAUCUUUGAGGAGAUUGACCACACCUCCUCCUCCUCCACGGCAGUCUUCAAGCCCAUUGCCUUCCAGGAGCUGGGGAGGGACGGCGGCAGCUUCGCCCUCAGCCUGGACACCAAGGAGUUCUCCCCGGAGGAGCUGUCGGUCAAGCAGGUGGGCCGGAAGCUGAGGGUGAGCGGCAGGACGGAGAAGAAGCAGGACGACGGGAAGGGCUCCUACUCCUACAGGUGUCAGGAGUUCAGGCAGGAGUUCGACCUGCCGGACGGCGUCGACCCCGAAACCGUCACCUGCUCGCUGGUGGGCGGCCGGCUGCAGAUCCAGGCGCCCCGGGAGAGAGCCGCUAACGACGGGAAGGAGAGGAUCGUCCCCAUCAGCGUCACCUCCACCCCAGCCAUCACCUCCUCCACCACCUCCACCACCUCCUCCUCCAGCGGGGGGCUGGAGGGAAGCUGCACCUCCCCCUCAGAGUGCAGCCCCACGGACAAAAACUGAAAACACACUCAUCUUUGUUGUGUGGUUUUACUGGACGUGAUGGACGGAGCUGUUCUCAGCCUGCACUUUGAUUUUUAACUGUUUCUAAUAAACUCUUCAUAACAUG